AUGUCUGAUGGACCCAAAUACAUCGUGAUCAACUUCAGGUUUGCUGUCUAUGCGAGUGAUGCAUCUCCGACUCUGCCGCACGAGAUCAUCGAACUAAUCGCCGACUUUCUAUGGGACGAGCCCGUACAGCUCGCCAGAUGCUGCCUCAUCUGCUGUGCCUGGUAUCACGCUGCAAAGCGUUAUCUCUCUCGGAGCGUGACCAUCCGAAGCACGAGAGCCCUGGGCGACCUUGGGCAUAUUCUUGUGUCCAAGGUCAAUCGACCGUAUGGCCGAUCACUCCGAUCACUCUACAUUUAUGAGAACGCCGAAGAGCCGUAUGCGCAUACAUUUUCUAUGCGUGUGUCCGGAUGCCUUCUCUCGAAGGUCGAGGAACUCUGUAUCUUCCGGCUAGACUGGGUUACAACGAGACCUCAUACAAGCUUUUUCACCUACCUCAACUCCUUUGGGACAGUCACUUCGUUAACUCUCUAUCAAUGUUGCUUUCGUCAUGCCGAGGUACUCCGGACUAUUGUUGAUGCUCUGCCUGGGCUUACAGACUUCGCCCUCGUCUCGAUCACGGUCCAUUCUGCACCUCAGGCUCUCGAUAGUAUAGGGGAGAACCUCCUGCCCUCUGCAAAGCGGAAGCUCCAAUCACUGCAGCUUUCCGGAUGUGUCAGCAGAGACUACGCCUCAGGGACUGCUCACAUCGAGUCGUUUCACCAAAGCGUGCUCAAUGUCUUGGCCUUCUACACGAACGUCAACACCCUGAUCCUGGACACGACCCAAUUCUUGUCGUUCUCACAUUUCCUGCAGUUCUUCUGUGCUUUCCCCGAACUCCAUAGGAUAUACUGUAGGAAAGUGCCAGAAUGGGAGCCUCCGUCUGACGAAGCCGUGUUGAAUGGAGUGGGAAAAGAUAUGAAAGCAUUCACCGAUGUCUUUCUUGGGGAGGUGUCUUCAGCCUUUGCUGCAGUAUUCUUCAAGCUGUUCGCGAAGCGGUGCUGCGAGCUGCGGACUUUUGAUAUCGUUCUCGUGGACGUACCCGGACCCGAAUUCCAAGCUGCCAUCGACAAGGUGCUGCGACAUUCUGGGGCAGUUCUUCGCGAUUUCAGAUGCCGAUACGAUCAAGAACAAUCACAGCUGGGUAUUACUCCCUCGCUCGUGUACAAUACCGCACUAGAACGUCUAGAUGUGACCUUCACUGUCGCGUCGUCACUGCGCACAUCAUGGAUCUACAAGACACUCCUAUCUCUGUUCACGCAGCUUAGGAGCCCGUGUCUGGAGCACAUGUCCAUUUGUUUCUCCUUACGAGAGCCAGGCGUCGACGCUGGUGUCAACCUCGACACAGAUAUGGAGACCACUUCCUUGGACAUCACCAUUUUUCACGCUGCAAUCUGUCACGAGAUAUUUUCCAGCCUACUCCCUGGGCGCGUACUCCUGCAAUUCACCCACAGGCAUCCUCGUAGCCCCUCAUUGGGUACGAGCCCGUUCGAUGCCAAGCCAACACCCUGUGAACUGUGCACGUCCAUCCAAUCGUUCGUGGUCCCCCUCUUCAUCCCAUGGCUAUCUCGUGGGGUUAUACAGAUCCACCUUCCCGAUGGAUCACUCAUCGUGGAUCCACCAUGCCUGGACAGCGGAACCCCGGAGGUUCGGUCGGACAACUCCCCCGAGUUCGAUCGCGCUGUCGUUCGCCCUGCGUUGGAUAGCAUCUAG